GUGAGUUACUACAACCUUACGGCAUAACUGCAGUGUUCUUUCGCUUUCAUCGCGCGCGUCCUGACAAAAAUUUUACUUACGAUUUUUUUCUUUUCUCUUUCUUUAAACAGGGGCAAUGAUGAUCUUGCAACUCAUCCACGCGUCGCGAGAGAGAUUCCGGCGUUGCCGGAUGAACGGGAAUUGCAGAAGCGCGGGGUGGAUAUUGGUGGGAGAUGGGGACCGACGCUUAGAUGGUGGUGGAUUGAGCGUGCGAGGGCUCGGGGAGAGUUGAGUACAACGACGACGACGGAUGAAGCGGAUCACAAUGAUAGCCCACGGAGAGGUGCAGCGUUGAGUGAUGGUGGUGGUGAUGAUAUGGAGAUGCAUCAUGUCAGUCAAGGGACGACGGUGGCUGCUGGUUCGAGGGGGACGUCACAGUCAGCUGCAGCGCAGGAGAACGACAAUGCCAAGACUCAUAUGCUUUCAGCUGCAGCUGGAGUGAGGCCACAACCACAACCACAUCGACAGCAUUCCGUGAGUCGAGUUUCAAGUGCGUCGAGCUUGGCAUCAAGACCGGAGCCUGUUCGAGAUGUGCUUUGGUGGGAAGGAAUCGAUUUUGACGACGAGGAUUGAUGCCACGCUGCAUCGGUAGCAGCUACGGUACCUUAGUCACGGAUAUUCCAGGUUACUUUUUUUUCCGUAAUUCCAAUUCGUUCUCGAAACCUUCCCGGUCGUGAUAUCCACUUCGUUGUUCGGGAAGCGCAAAAGGAACCAAACUUCCUCGAUGUGAUCAAGGUUUCCCUUCCACCAUAUAGCUUUCGCUUCUUUCUUCCCACACCCACACAACUCACAACCAUUUCGCAACUUGAACUGGCACGCAACUCCAUCGUGAAAAUCAUCCGUCACUAUGGCCAGAGGCAAGACUCCCUCGCUGCAGAAAGUGGGCGCACCUCCCAACCGCGCUGAAAGACGCAAAGCCACCAAGGCCGAGGAAGCCCGGUUGAAGAGGAUCACUACCAUUCACUCUAAGAGAACGGCAAAAGAUCUCAAAAUCCUCCCGCAGUGGAUGAAGAGUAUCAUCGGCCUCGUCAUUUUCGCCUCUGGCGGCGGCUUCAGCAUCCUCAAAUUCAUCGUCACCGAAUCCGAACAGGACCCCCGCGUCCUCCUACUCUUCGGCCCAAUCGUCGGUCUCUCCAUCGCAGCUUUCGUUUGGUGGAAAGUAUCUUCAGCCAAGCUUCCCAAAAAUCACAAAGUGGGACUUGGCGAGAAGAACCCAUUGGAGAAAGUUCAUGGAAAGUAUAGGCUGAAUAAGGCGCUGCUGGACAUGCCCACGACGAGAACUGCAGGGCAAAUGAAAGAACGCCGACCUAGCAAGCAGUAUACGAUCGUGCCAUCGCAGCCUACAUUCGUGUCGACCAGUGAGGCUGGGCAGAUUGGCAGCCAGCCAUCCAUCACAGGCGACCUCUGAGGGCCCAUGCUCUUUGAGUGUCCGCUGACCAAAGCAAAUGGACAUCCGGAGUACCAUGGGAUACGCGGCCGAGAGUGAGUGACACUCUCCCGUGCUUCAAUAACGAAGACGCAGGUCACCUCCGUAGAAUGCUCGGUGAGAGAAGGGUCUCAUCGUUGCGGAGGAUUCCAAGAACAACAAGAAGAUACCAGGAAAUAUUCCAGAUGAUUGAGGUGCGAUGCACAAACAAGUGUGCUUGGGACCUAAGGAGGAGAAUAACGAGAAGAUACCAGGAAACAUUCCAGAUGAUUGAAGUGCGACGCACCAACGAAUAUGCUUGGAUUUUUUGAAAAUGGUGAGAGGGUUGCCGUCGAAUAUGCUUGGGACUUUUGAAAAAGUCAGAGGGUUGCCACCGAAUAUGCCAGGGACUGUUGAAAAGGUCAGAGGGUUGCCGUCGAACAUGCUUGGGGUUUUCGAUGAUUUUUUUUUUGCAAAGGUCAGAUGGUUGCCAGGUCGUCCGUCUGUUGUUAGUUUUAGCACUUCAACGUGCUGUCUGAAUAGUUAUUGCGAAUUCAUCAUUCAUAAUCAUGUUCUCGUCGUCGUAAUAUCAUCGUAGGUAUGCUUCCUUUCUCGAGGAGCUUCUCCAUCCCAGCAGGUGAGACCCGGAUCGGGCGCGUGAGCUCAACGUGGCCUUUGAGAGCAUGCUGGAGCGCAGUCAGGGUCGCCAUGGAAAGACCUCAAUAUCACCCUCCCAUCCUCUCUGCCACCAGGACCAGUCUCGCAACACCGCACUUCCCUAUACUUCCCAUCAAUCCUCCACCCCCUAACUCCUCCAUCGCCAUAUCUCUCGUAAAUCCAUCCCGGACUCCCUCACCAAUCUUAAAACAUCUCAAUCCUCCUUCUCCCGAUAAACCUCCACCCCAAAAACCCUACCCACCACCCAACUAUGCCCAGCAACACUAAUCGGCCCACCCCUCCACAACGGCAAGACCUGAUCCCGAUUAUCCCUCCUCCUCUCCGCUACAGUCCGGAGAAUAUCCCCUCUCUUGAACUCCUCCACAUCCUCUCCCUGCAAUAACCCACUCUUCACAUCCGCUGCCAGAGCCCACAGGCCCGCGCACUCCACGACGCCCAUGAUCCCAAAGUUCUGUCUUCGGGCCUCACUCACCAGUUCGGAACACGUAUACUCCUUUUUGGCAUCCACCUGUAAGCCUUCGAGGGGCGUACUUCUCCAUGAAAUGGUGGGGACAAAAAUCGAUAAGCUGAAGAAGCUGACAUUGCGGAGGAAGAGAUGUCGACCGAGAGCUACGGCACAAGCAACGGGAAAAUCGAGUCCCAGGGCGAGGUUCCCUGUGACGCUGUCUUGUAGUCGUAUCGUCUGUGAGUCGUGAGGGUUACGAUUCGAGUAGAAGCUGAGUAGGCGGUGAAAGGGCGGGACGCCGGAGUCUGUGGAGGAGGUCAUCUUAUUUCAAUAGGACCGACUGUAUCUCGAAGCAAUGUCAGGAUUG